UCAGAUUUUAUUUCCAUCGUUAUGUAUGGUGUAUUCGAAAAGAGCAGAAGAUUGAUAUGGCUCAGCACCGACUGAAUGGUUCUCCCACAAUCUCCACCACAGGACGAAAUCCCAAGUCGAACUUCUCCUUAUCAGCCUUGUAACAAGGCUAUAUCUCAGCCUUGCUAGUACUCCCCUUCUAUUUUCACGCGAUGGUAGCUCCGAGUAUCAAGAUGCACCUCAUGAGCAUUUACAGCUUAAGUCAUGCAUUUGGCGGAAAUCUUGUAGGGCUUUGGCUCAUCAGAUUACGGCAACGCUUGCUGUUGAGAAGGUUAACGUUAAGCAAUACAUGAUGACUAUUCGUGCUUGGCGGACACCAUCCACAUCUAUGUGGACGUGUCUCAUUCGCUAAAAUAGAUGUUCCUCAGCCGUGCCAGUGCAUAAUAACAUAUUGCCCGCAGCUAGCACUUGUUCCUCUCGUCACAACACCUUCAAUGGCGGAAGUUGUAGGUGCCGUCGCUGCUGUCGUCCAGCUCGUGGACGUAGCUCUUCGCCUUUCAUCUUGUCUGGAACGUUUCUGCUCAGAUGUACGCAACGUGCCGCGUCGUUUUCUUCAGCUGCAAAUCGACCUGCGUCAGCAAAUCGAGAUCGCGCAGCACAUACAGAAUAAUCAUGUGCCCGGUUUUGCGACAACAGUAUCGUCCUCGACACUUGAUGCGCCCCUACUCGAGUACAUCGGUCUUGCUGAUGAAUUAAGCAAGACGUUGGAAGGACUGCUCGCCCGUAAGAACGAUGGAAUGCUACAACGAGGCUGGAGUGGCAUUUGCUCCGUCCGCAAGAAGGAAGAGGUGGCAAACAUCUGCGAUCGACUAGAACAAAAGAGAAGCAUCCUCUCUAUUUGGUUGAACGCAGCAAAUCUCAAGCUCUCGUCAGAAACUGCGGCGACUACCGAUAAAGUGAGACUCGAGAUUGGAGAGACAUUGGCUCUAGUGAAGACAGUCGACAAGACAUUGAGCACAACCGAACACAGUACAGCACAGCUACUACCUCACGUCGAACAGAUCGACCGAAACAUAUCGACCACGUCCGAAAGGACCGAGAGAAUUAUAAAAGACCUCCAGCAUCUGAAGUCUCAAUCGAGGAGUCUCUUGAUAGACCGUGAUAUGAAUACAACAGCACAAGAAUCAAGCCAUCAGACGACAGCGAUGAUUCUCUCAAACACUGAGCAAAUACUUCGAGCCAUCGAACAGCUGAGUUCCGACUCUAACAGAGCUAGUCCAGGUACGAGGAACAACUUUGUUGUGAGAAAACUAUAUGUGGACUCAUCAGACAAACAUGUUCAGCGAAGCUCGUUGGACCGUGCUCGUAGAUCCCAGAGGUGUAAAUGUAGAACCGUCAGUACAGCACGCCGCUGGCAGCCGUUAUCUAUCCUCCAGUUCACGCAAACCUUCCGCACGCAACACUUCUCUUACUGCCCGGACUAUCGCAUCUCGGAACAGAGCCUUGAGAUCACCAUGCAACUUGUCCCUCCAUCUUGGCUUCUUUUCCAUACCAUCAAUAUCGGCACCUGCGUAAGGAACUGGUCGACGUUAAACCCGUUCUCAGUCAAUCCAAUAGUAAUCGGUACAAGCAGGCUUGUCGAUCCGAAAACCUCACCUGCAUUUCGUGCGGUUGCAGUUACCAUCGAGGAGCUUUGGGAGGGUGAACAUUAUCGUAUAUCCAUCCCUCGACUUCAAAAUACGCUACAGGACUUGUUCGAUGCAGAAGAAGCGUCGGCUCUUGACGUGGAUAAUGAUGGAAAUACUGUCUUGAACAGAAUCAUGGCUUUAUUGAUAGCCAACCCCUCAACCUUCGAACAUGCAGGAGAUGAGUGUACCGCCAUCAUUCGGUUUCUGUUGAAAAGAGGCGCUGACCCAAACGUUUUGAGGAACCGGAAAGACGACGAGUUUCCAUCUGUGCAUGAUUACCAAGGCACCACAUGUGACCAACUUGCAGGCCCGGCCGCGUAUGAUCUCCGCAUGUUGUCUCCAACUCGAAAAUCACGGUUUCUAGAAAUUGUCGAUCAGAUUGUAGAAGCUGGAGGUCAUACCUCAAGACCUUUCCCAGAAAAGCGUCCCCAGGGAGCAAGAUUCUUUCGUGAUGAGGUUGAGCAACUACUUCCCUUUGAGGAUCAGAUCGAUGUUCGUGAUCAUGGCGAUCUCGUGCCUAUAAUACUUCGACGACAAGUAGAGCAGUUUCAGCGCCUUACACGAAAAGCCAAACUAUCAACUCUGAACCACACUUCUUCGAUCAAUGGACUCACUCCGAUUCAUUUCGCUGUCUUAUGGCCUACUGGACUGAGGAUGCUGCUCGACAGAGGUGUGCAUAUGAACCCUCGAGACGUCAGCGGUCGACAGCCUAUACAUAUCGCUGUCACCCUAGGCAUCACUGACUCUGUGCGUUAUUUGCUUACUGAAAAUUGCGGAAUUUCUACUCCGCCAAGCUCCGAUAGUCUGCUUCAACUUGCAUUGAAGUUACAAGAUCCGGAAAAAUCACAGAUCCUGCGCUUGCUUGUUCCAGUUCUGAUCGAUCGCCACAGGCGCCUUCAAGAUAUGGCAAGCAAUCUUCUGCCGCCUUCCGUUUACUUCGAACUUGAGUUGGCACCUGGUAAAAUGCACGAACGAAAAGCGCCAUUGAUGGUCGAAAGGCUUAUAGCCCAUGGUUUAGAUGUUCCGCAGGCCCUAGAGCUAGACGGAAAGAGCUUCUACAACUUCGCCGACUUCUUUGGCGACGCGAAAAUGACGCCAGAAAUCGCAAACGCAUUCUGGGAUGCUGGAUUCUGCGAUAUCGAUAUGCCUGAUGAAAAUGGGGUGACGCCAUUCCUACAAAGUUGGUAUUGCGCCAAUUUCAAAAUGGUAGACUGGUUUGCACAAAGAGGAGUUUCUAUGAAAUCAAAACACGAGUCCGCCUCAUUGACAGCCCUUCACCUCUAUGCAAAAAGACUGUAUUUUCCGGGCACCGGUUUUGGGCGUGACGUUGAUGCAGUACCCACGAAUGAACAUUAUAUGGAUGUGGUACAAAGGGAAUUGAGGAUACCAUACGACGAUUGCCAAUGUACAUGCUCUCCUGGAGGCUGUGCACCGAUCAAGUUUCUGUUCGACAAAGUUCACGAGGAUGGGCAUCGCAAAUCAAGAAUCAGAAGGUGGUUCGAAAAUGUGAGACCAUCCCAAGCCCUGGAACUGCAGUACGUAUACGAUCUUACACGAUACCUGCUAUUCGAUUUUCUGGAUGGUGAGCAUACUUGUUGCUGUCUUGGGCAAGAAUGUCAUGUAAUAUAUGACAAUUCUCGAACAGAGCCAUCCAAGAACAGAUGGAACGAGCGAACUCGUGGCAUGCGCGAGAAGGCGGGCGAGCAUCGUAGGCUAUGCGAGAAUGGUAUACCAAUACCCCGACGGGAAAGUCUGUACGCCUUGAAAGACCCAGACAUCUUUGAAACGACUUUGAACUCCGCGAUGUCGUAUUACGAUGAGAUGGACCGGCCUGAUGAUAUGCCACUCGAGGAACAGGUGUUUAGGUAUAUUAACUGGCUUCUGACAGAAGGACAUUUGAAUAUCGACGUGAGCUACGAGUGUGUGCACUUCAAGGGCUGGUAAUCUGCAUAUCCAGACUCCAGUUCUACCUCAAUAGUUAACUUGCUGGAUAAUUCCUCAAUCGGAAACUAUAGCAUUAUACAUUGAUCGCUCUCCAGGCGCCUCCAAAUACCAGCAACCUUGAAGAAGCGAACAUUAUACUGUAAUGAUCUUGAAGGAAUCUCUGUAUUCUUAUAGC